AGAACACCAGCCCUCUCCAAAUAACCCAAACCCGACGAAGGCCCGAAACCCUAAUAACUUCCCAGCCUCUCCCUCCAAGACCCUUCCCGCUCCCCCGAGGCGGCGGCGCGAGCGAGCGAGCGAGCAACCGGCGGCGAUGGGCAAGGCGGCGAAGAGCUCGCGGAAAGGGAAGAAGGCGUGGCGCUCCAACAUCAGCACCGACGACAUCGACGAGUUCUACGAGAAGCAGACGCGCGACGCCCAUGCCGGCGCCGCCGCCAUCCCCUCCCUCCCCUCCGACUCGCUCUUCUUCGUCGACAAGCCCGCCUCCGCGUCCACCUCCUCCGCCGCCACCGCCUCCGACCCGGCCCCCAAAGAUGUUCCUGUCAAAAGGAAGAUUGAGAAAAACAGGGAGAAGGUCCUUCACCAUGAGAGUGUGUUGAAGCGGAACCCUUAUAUACAGACAAUCCCAUCUUCUUUGAUGUCAAAGAAGGAUAAGAAGAAGUUCAAGAAACACGCAAAGAAAAAGGAAUUGCAGGAGUCACGGGAAGAAAAAAGUGUUCCCAUGGAAGAGGAUUCAGCUGAGAAGAACCUCGACAUCUGGGGUGGAGAUGCUAAAGGGGCUGCUUUGCCCAAAAAGGGAAUGAAAAGGCUUAAGAAAAAUAAAUCUACCACAUCUGUGAUUCCUGCGGUUGAAGUUGAGCCUCAAGGAUGUUCAUUUAAUCCUCCACAUGAAGCCCAUCAAGACGCUCUUGCUCUAGCCGUUGCUGAUGAAAUGCGCAAGAUCUACACGAAAGAGUUAGGCCCCACACCAGUGCCACUUACUGUUCUUGGUCAAGCAGUAGCUGAAGAAGAUAAAUUUUUUCUUGAUGCUGCUGAUGAUGGAGAUGCUGCUGCUGGAGAUGUAGAUGCUGCAGAAGGUGAUAAAGACCAGGAUGCUGAUGCUCUAACUGGAGAGAGGAAGAAAACAAAAAGAGUUACGAGAGUGGAACUGAACAAAAGGGCUCGUCGUAAAGAGAGGUUAAGGACAGAAGCAGAUGCGAAGAAACUGGAAGUUUUUUCAAAGCAAAUAGACAGCUUGCCAAAUAUAUUAGAGGAGAUAGCAAAAGAGGACAAGGAAAAGGAGGAAAAGCGCAUAAGGCUAACUGUGGCUAAGCAGGAAAGACUCAAGUCAGCCCCACGUCGUCUGGGUAGACACAAGUUUGAACCUGCUCCCGUUCAAGUUCUGUUGACAGAGGAGAUUAGUGGCUCGCUUAGAAAGCUGAAGGGGUGCUGCAAUCUAGCGAGGGAUCGCUAUAAGAGCAUUGAAAAACGUGGCAUGCUUGCACCAAAUAAGAAAUUAAGCAAGCGCCCUCGCCGCUAAAUGUGUGGUGUAUGUUCCAACACGGUGAGGAACAUGAGCAAUCUCACUGGGAGUUGAAAAUAACUUGAAUUGACGGGGGAGACCAGUGCUGACAAGGCUAUGGAAAAUAUAGUUCUACAAUUUGCCUUGUUAGUAUUGCUGAGGGGGUUAAAAGAGUCGCAUCGCUUGAAUUUUAGUUUGUCGCUCCCUCUCAUGUCUGGCCUGAAAACGGCCUUCGUCGGGCAGGUUUCGUAUAUCAGACUUCUUACCAUCUUUGUAUCGACUGUAAUAGAUAAUUAUGUUCUCAGCGACAGUAUGAUCUCCUUCAUCGCUAUGAAGACUGCGUUUCAGCUGUAAAAGAACAUUGCAUUGCCAACUGCUCUUUGUUCAUCACAAAAGAUUUAAGUGACGUUGGUGAUACAAUAA